AAAGCUAUUAUUUACUUCCAUCAAUCCAGAACGUCCUUUUGGAGCAUAUAUCUUUGUAAGGCAUUUAAACAUGCAGUAACUUUGAACUGUGACUCAAGGAAUUGUGAUCUGGUUACGAAGAUUAUUUCAAGUUAAUAUACAAUCAUGUACAUGCAUGUGCAGCGGGAUAACGUUUUCAAUAGCCAGACCAACAUCGAAGUCUGUACCGUGUCAUGUUCACACAGAUAUAUUAUAAUCAGAAUUAAUAUUUUGCGUUAACGGGAUAAGGAAAACACCCAGAUACAUAUUUCAACGAAUUGAUGAUGGGUACCAUAUUCGAAGGAAUACUUGAUCCAUAUUUCACAAUGAUAUUAGAAGGACUAUUUCAUUCGUGUUUCAUAAUCGGAGUGGUAAUUGUGGCAGUUGCAUUAGCAUGUUUGCUACUCUACUGGAAUAAAUCUUCUUCCAAGUUAAGGGUUAAGGGAAAGCCGCACUUUAUGGAUGCAACCCACUCCUCCUUUACUAUAUCUUGGGACAGACCAAUAUUUGCAGUUCCGGAAUACUACAUUGUUUAUUUCAGAAAGGCGUCUACACCAGACAAAUGGAAGUCGUUAAAAACGUUGGGUGGUGCUUGUACUAUAACUGUAACGCAUCUUCCACCGAAUACUAAGUAUAGAGCAAGAGUAUGUGCAUGUUUAAGAAACAAAAUUGGGCCUCCUGGGGAGGAUAGCGAUGAAAUCAGUACAAGGACUUUAGCUUUCAAGAUAAAGCAAAAUUCUACUUUGUGUCAAGAGGGGACACCAAAUAUUUUGUCCAGAUAUGCUGUUCAAUGGAAUGCUGAAAAUUAUGUACGUUUGAAGAUACGGAAAAUAUUCAUAGGAGAUACAAAUGAGGGCCAACGACUAAUAGCUGGGAAAAGUAUACUACUGAUCAGUACACCUCAUUCCGGUAAAACAACCCUCAUUGAAGGGAUUAUGAACUAUGUCCUCGGAGUUAGAUUCGAUGACGACUUUCGAUUUUGCUUACCACUGGAUAUUUCCGAUCAGGAUUACGGGGAUUGGAUUAAGAUAUACCAAUUUAACGAGUACGAAGUUGGAAGAAUUUCGUUUCCUUUAACGAUAAUCGACUUUCCAAGAUUAGAAUCAUUCACUAAAGAAAAUAAUGGCAUGAUACGCGAACUAAUGGAGUCACUUAGCAAUUCAGACUGGAAAAGAAUCAAUUGUCUUUGUUUGGUCUCAAAAGGGAAUGAUUUUGAAUUAUCACCAGAGCAGAUAAAAUACAUCAAGUCCAUUUUGCACUAUUUUCCAGAUCAUUUAAUGUCAAAGCUCUGUGCGUUUUACAAUUCUGAUGAUGCAGGUGAUGCUAGAAUUGAACAGUUUUUUCGGUAUCAUAGAAUUGCUCCUAAUUCGUCGUUUUCCGUUAACUGGUCUGCCAUUUUUCACAGUGAUGACGAGUACUCACCGUUUCUGUGGCGAAUCAAUGAUAAACGUCUACGUUUAUUUUUUGACUUCAUUACAAUAACGUCCCCAGAAGGCAUCAGAGCAAACGUACAAAUGCCGACUCCCACAAAAAGAGAGGAGCUAAAAUCAGAUAUCGCAAAUAUCCAACCAGAGGUAAGUGAUGAUCUUGUCAAACUGGAAGAAAUGAAAACUCGAGUAAAAAUUUUCGCUAAAGAUCGAGAUAUUAUCGAGUCUAGUGGCGACACGUCCUUUACAAUAGAAGAAAUCCGACAAAUCAAAAGCGAUCUAGAACCAGGUAACCAUGUUACAAAUUGUAUGCAGUGCUUCUUCACAUGUCACGAGGACUGUAGGAUUCCGGAUGAUGACGACAAAAUUCGCUGUGUAGCAAUGUCGUCAGAUGGAUACUGCACAGUCUGUACUGGUCACUGCAUAUGGUCUGUCCAUAAAAACACCCCAUAUGUUUACAAAUAUGUCAGUGAAAAGGUCACCAAAUCCUACAAAGAGAUGAAGGCGAAUUAUGAACAAGAAAAGGGUAGACAGCUAACGUAUGAUGAAUAUCUGGGAUAUCUUAAUAGCGACAUAGAAGCAUUUCUCCAAAGGCUUCAUGAUAAAGUCCAGAGAAUCACAAAGUGCAAAAAUGAGCUGCAAGGUAUUAGCAAGAGUCCACUGGCAAAUUCAGUUGGUGAUACCAUUGAUGACAUGAUUAAAUCUGAAACUUUGAAACGGGAACCUGGCUAUGAGAAAAGAAUUGCAAUGUAUCAAGAAUUACAAAAGUACUCAAAAAUGUUUAAAGUUACCCGGAAUUAGAGUGAUUAUGAAUCCUACAUGAUAUGCUAUUUCAACAGGAUUCACAGCUGAGUUCAUCGAUCAGCGUUUCUUACUAUUUGACGAAUCAAAAUAUGAGAGUAAAUAAAAAAUCCAUAAAGUUAAGUGAAGUGCUUGUAGCGGCAGUUUGUGCAUUAACUAGCUUUAUGGUUAAUUCAGUCGAAAAUAUUACAUUUUCUUUACCAUGGUUAUCCGAAAAUGUGAAAAUAAUUCUAUAACAAAAACUGGUAUCCAAUGAACUGAUUUUGUAGUAAUAGUCUCUGCUUUGUUUAUUUCUAAGCGCAAUUGUGUAUAUAAUAUAAAGCUGUUUGUUGAUGAAUCAACUUAUAAAUGAUAUGUUCAUGUGCUCCUUUGCUAGCUGAACUGUUUUUAUAUGCUUGUAAGGCUGAAUUUAUUUAAAAGCUUCUUUUUGACAAGACAAAAUACGUUGCUUUGGCCUUCCACUUGACAUCCAGAUACAUCGACGAAUUUUCAUCUAUUAACAAUAAUGAUUUUAUUCAUAUGUCAAUUGAAUAUAUCAUAGUGUAUUUGAAAUAAAAGGCUUCAUAGAAUCUUCCUCAUCUGCUUCGUACUUAGAUAUUCUAUUACACGUACAUGUUAACGACAAACUAACAAUUCAACUUAAUGAUAAACGGGAUGAUUUCAUCUUAUCCAUCGUCAACUUCCCAUAUUUAUGUAGCAAUAUAUCAUUAUCACCUGCAUAUGAUGUAUAUGUCUCUUAACUGAUUCGAUACGCAAGAGCUUGUUCUGCGUAUGAUCUGUUCUUAAAUCGAGAAAGGUUAUUGACAAACAAGUUGCCGUUAAAAUGUUUUCAACAAUCUUGUUUAAAUUCAGCAUUUCGCAAAUGUUAUGGUCGCUAUAACGAUCUAGUUUGUCGAUACAACCUAUCAUUGGGUCAAAUGCUGUCUGACGUGUUUCGUAUCGUUUGUUAGACCGUUCCUAGCACACCGAUUUUGACUGCGAAUUACUCAAUUUACCAUCAAGUUAUUGCGCCCACGCCAGGUGUGACCCAUCGACAACAGUUACAUGCAAUCCAUAUAAAAUCAUUAAUGAUUUAGUUUUAAGCACAAUUUAUUGCGACGUUACUUUAUACGAAUGAGAGUUUUCCGUUCAUGUUAAAUCACUGGUAGCCAGAGCAUUCACUCGCAUUGAUACAGCUACAAGAUUAUACAUAACAUGUACUAAGAACUACCAAUAUAACGGGUAUCUUCUGCGGUUGUCCAUUUCUUGUGGAAUUUCGCGGAUAAGAAAAUUCCAAAACAACUACAAUUGCAAACAUAUACAUGCAUUCAGACAAAUAUAGGGACAUUUAAAUGUAUAAUGCAACCGCAGAUACUGGAAACGCAGACAUUCAAUAUAAUUUGCUACCAUUUACGGAUCAAAAUCGCAAAACUUUCUAACCACAGAAAAUACCCAUUUCACGGUAAUGUGGUUUCUUUAAUUUUCUUGAGUAUCGCAUGUACUUUAACAAAAGAAAACCUCUAUGUGCUUUAUUGGACAUUUUCAGUAUAUUAUAAAUUUGUGAUACGCUGCUAACGCAUUUUAGAACAGAACCGGAAGUUGUAGCACAAAAAUAUAAUGAAAGUGCAUUCAUUGAAUUCUUUAAUUUUUUUCUCCUCACAUAUUCUAUAUACUUACCAUUCACUCAGCGAAAGUUGUUUGAUCAGCUUACAACAGCUGUGUAUUUUCGUGGUUUCCCCCCAUGAUUCUUUGUAUAUGUAGUUUAUUUUGAUUUAUAAAUUUGUGUUUGAUUAGUGUACAACAACUGUGUAUUUUCGUAAGUUUUUGUAUAACUCUUUGUAUAAUUUUUCUGUUUGCUUUUGUUGAUGUCCAUUAGACACGGGUCAUGACCCGAUCAAUUAAAUGUUCUUGGACACCGGUAGCACGCCAGUUUCUCAUGGGUGCACAUGAACUUUUGUUUACCGGGCACUUAUCCUUUACUCAAUCGGUGAAGUCUGUUUAUUGACCGUUUCCUGUCCGGUACAUGUCCGGAAAUCAAAGAGCUAUUACCGAAUACCUACUGGACUGCCUUGGGACACACUUUUCAACCUUUUGACGCCAUUUUAUGAUAUCUGGUUAGCUAUAACUGAUUUUUUCUAAUAAUUAUGCAUUUAUUUGUUGAUACGUGAAAUAUUACUAUAAUAUAUAUUUCAAACGAAUUUAGUUACAUGCAGUAUGCUGUUCUGUCAGAGUGAAAAUAUUAAUGUACAAAUCUCUAAUUAACCUUCCUGUAAUUGUUGAUUUGUUGCAUCUAUUUUAUUAAUGCAUAAAAGUCUUGUAUAUAUUAGGAAUGAUGGUGUGAAAUGAUUUUCAAUAAAAGUAUUUCUUUUCUUGAAUUAAA